GCCGUCGGUGCCGGGCUCGUUGCGUCGCCGGCCUUGGGCACCCGGAGGGCAGCCGGGAGCCGACCUUCCUGCGAGCCGCGCGGUGACGACUUCUCGGCUUUGCCCUCCUUGCCGAAGCGCAGCCUGCCGGCUCCGGCCCCAGACACCACAAUGGUGGGCGAAGAGAAGAUGUCUCUAAGAAAACGGCUGUCAAAGUCCAAGGAAGAUCUUGAGGAAGAUGAAGAGCAGAGAAACUCUACAAAGGAGUCCCUAGAGACACCUAGUAAUGGUCAGAUUGACAUAAAACACUUGAUAGCAAAGAAGAUACAGUUGACAGCAGAGGCAGAGGAAUUAAAGCCAUUUUUUAUGAAGGAAGUUGGCAGUCACUUUGAUGAUUUUGUGAAUAAUCUCAUUGAAAAAUCAGCAUCAUUAGACAAUGGUGGAUGUGCUCUCACAAGCUUUUCUAUUCUUAAAGGAGAGAACAACCAUAGAGCUAAAGAUCUGAGAGCACCUCCAGAACACGGAAAGAUUUUUGUUGUAAGGCGAUCUCUCUUAGAUGAGCUGUUUGAGGUGGACCACAUCAGAACAAUAUAUCACAUGUUUAUUGCCCUCCUCAUUCUCUUUAUCCUCAGCACACUUGCAGUAGAUUACAUUGAUGAAGGAAGGCUGGUGCUUGAGUUCAGUGUCUUUUUUUAUGCCUUUGGUAAAUUUCCUGUUGUUAUGUGGACGUGGUGGACCAUGUUCUUGUGCACGCUUUCAAUUCCCUAUUUCCUCUUUCAACGUUGGGCCAGAGGCUAUAGCAAGAGUUCUCAUCCAGUGAUCCAUUCUCUCUUCCACGGCUUACUUUUCAUGAUCUUCCAGAUUGGAGUUCUAGGUUUUGGACCAACAUAUGUUGUAUUAGUGUAUACACUGCCACCAGCUUCCCGCUGCAUCGUUAUACUGGAACAGAUUCGCUUGAUAAUGAAGGCCCAUUCAUUUGUCAGAGAGAAUGUGCCUCGGGUACUAAAUUCAGCUAAGGAGAAAUCACGUACUGUUCCAGUACCCACAGUCAACCAGUACUUGUACUUCUUAUUUGCUCCUACCCUCAUCUACCGUGACAACUACCCCAGGACUCCCACUGUAAGAUGGGGUUAUGUUGCUAUGCAGUUUGCACAGGUUUUUGGUAGCUUUUUUUAUGUAUACUACGUCUUUGAAAGGCUCUGCAUCCCCUUGUUUCGGAAUAUCAAACAGGAGCCCUUCAGCGCUCGUGUUCUGGUCCUAUGUAUGUUUAACUCCAUCUUGCCAGGUGUGCUGAUACUGUUCCUUAGUUUUUUUGCCUUUUUGCACUGCUGGCUCAAUGCCUUUGCCGAGAUGUUGCGCUUUGGUGACAGGAUGUUUUAUAAGGAUUGGUGGAACUCCACAUCAUACUCCAACUAUUACAGGACCUGGAAUGUGGUGGUCCAUGACUGGCUGUAUUACUAUGCUUACAAGGACUUUCUCUGGUUUUUCACAAAGAAGUUCAAAUCACUUGCCAUGUUAGCUGUCUUUGCUGUGUCUGCUGUAGUGCACGAGUAUGCGUUGGCUGUUUGCUUGAGCUUUUUCUAUCCAGUGCUCUUCGUGCUUUUCAUAUUCUUUGGAAUGGCUUUCAACUUCAUUGUCAAUGAUAGUCGGAAAACGCCAAUUUGGAAUGUUUUGAUGUGGACUUCCCUUUUUGCGGGCCAUGCAGUCAUGCUAUGCUUUUAUUCUCAAGAGUGGUAUGCACGUCAGCACUGUCCUCUAAAAAAUGCCACAUUUCUGGAUUAUAUCCAGCCACGUUCCUGGACUUGUCGUUACGUGUUUUAGAAGCUUGGACUUUGUUUCCUUCGUUGACACUGAAGAUUGGGUAUUCUCCCUGAUUUGGGGCCGGCAUCUGUUUCCAGCUGUUACUGAAGUUAUCUGUAUUAUUUGGACCACUCUAGGCUUCACAGGUGGCUCCCUCUUUUCCUAAGUCACCUGGAGCUGGGCUGUUGGAAGUUUACUGGAAACUUGUACACUUAAGCCAGACUCGUUUUUUUCCUUUUUGGGAGAAGGGAGACCUAUAGCUGACAUAAUGACAGAUUUUUGCUGGAUCCUAUCGGCUUAAGCCUCAGAAAUUAUAUCUGUUUUGUUUGUUGACUCUUAUCUGAUUAGAGACUAAACAUCGUGUUUAUUUGGCCACUGAAUUAGCCAAAACACUUAUGAAGAAAUCAUUUAAAUACCUCUGGGUUAGAAAUGUUUUCAUGCACACGGUUGGAAUGUGUACUAAUUAACCAUGCGAUUGGGAAAGAAAAAAUAAUGUGGAACGUUUUGCUAUUUCUAGUAGAAAGGAAAUACUGUUUUCCAAAGAGAAUCUUCCUAUAUAUCCUAAUUUGUAUUUUUUUGAAAAAAGUUCAGUUCUACUCAAUUUUCACCUUGUUUUUGCUAUACAGUGUAGGUCAUGAUUUCUGUGAAGCAAAAUUAUACCUUUCACCUUGAAUUCUUCAGUUUGCAUCCAUAAUAUUAUAUAUUGAGAGGAACAGAAGUAGGAAGGAAAAAAGAAAGAAAUGGCACAGGACAAAGAAAAAUAUUUCUUCUUAUAACUUCCAAAGUAAUUUUUAAAAAAGACUUGCAGAGUCAAUCAUGUAUUUAAAUUAUUUUAUCAUGGAAUUUAUAUGGAAAAUAACUUUUUUGUUUAAACUUUAAGGUAAUAACUUCUUUUAAGUUAUUUAGAAGUAUCCUUUAGUACAGUUAUUUUAUUGUCUAAUAAAUACUGACGAAUUAUUUUGCAGACUAGUAAGUCUGUAACAUAAAUAUUGAUCACCGCCGUUAAUAUUAAAGUGAUUAUUAAAGAUCCAGAUGCUGGCUUCUGCAUUUGCUCAAUUAUUAUACUUUUAAUGGUAGUGUACUUUAGGUGAAACAAUAUGUCAUCAUUUUCAAGAAAAUAUACUCUAUUAUGUGAUGUUCCCAUGUUAUAAGAUGCCCAUUGCUAAUACGGUGUGGUAUGUAGGAAUUAUUUUAUUUAUAUGUAUGAGGUUUGAUGAUGUCUGUAACGAUUGAGCUUCAGAAGGGAUAUCGGAGACCGUGUAGUUCCACUUUCCACCCAAAGAAGUGAGACUUAUGAAUUACCCAAAAGAUUACGGUUAUUUGGAGCAGCCUGACUUGAGAGGCUAUCUUGGUUUUCUAACAGUCAUGCUGCUAUCCAGAAAGUUAUGGGAAAUCUUUUUCGAAUUGUUUUAAAAUCAGUUUGAGUUUGAUAAGAAGGUGAGUAGAGUUUCUUCAUAGUCACCACUUAAUUUGUACCGUGAGUACCCAGCCUAGUCACCUGUUUUCUUCCCUAUACCUUUGAUCCAGAUGAGUUGAGGCAGUUUUCAAACAUCAAAUCCAACUCCAACGGACAAAAGUGCACCUCAAAGGAGGUAAUUUUUUAAAAGGUAUUCCACAUAUUCCCAAGCAGUAAUUAUCUGUAUGGUGGUAUUAUAAUUUAAUGGAACUGUAACCUCCAAACAAGACUGCUUUAAUAUAGCUUGUAAUUUCUGGCAUUUUUAUUAAAAAUUAAAAUGAGUCAGUCACUUGAAUUUAUAACUACAUUUUAAACGUAAGGAGGGAACUGACAAAAACAGACUGGUCUAAGACUUGGUUAUGAAUAAGCCAAUCUGUUGAAGCGAGAGAGUGGAACUCUUAAGUCUGUAUUUCUGUUAAGUACUGUAAAUGUGCCCUCUUAUUGAGAGGACUUUGUUGCUCUGUACUGAUUCUGAAUACUGUAUUUGUUGGACUGAACGAGGCUAUUUAAAAAAAAAAAACUCUCAUCUUCCGUUUAUUAGUGAUUUUUUUCUGACCAAGAUUUAGUGACAACAAAUAGUAUGUGUAUAACUAGAGACUCUUUAGAAUGAUAAAACUAUCCUAAGAAAUUUUAAGAAACACUUACAGGAAUAGCCACUUUCUCUGAAAGAAACUAGUUUGAUAGCCAUGAUCUUAUUCCUAGCUGCUUUUAGCAAAAGUCUUUUCUUAAAACCACUACCUACAUUCUUUAAACAAAUAAAUUAAAACUAAAACUUCUUGCUAAUGUGUUUCAGGAAGAUUUAUUGAUUUUUUUUUUUUAAAUCUUUUGCUAAUAGGAGUGAAAAUUAUUUUCAGUUAUAGGAUGGUACUAUUUUCCUUCUGAAAACUAAUGAGUUUAAAAUUUCUUUCCUGUAAGAAGUAUUAAUGAUAGUAACCAUUACUAAAUUUGUUAGAUGCUUUUCUUCACAGUCUUGGGUAGUGAAGGAAAAUGUUUUUUUGUUUGUUUGUUUUUGGUGGUUUAAUCUGCAAUUGCCUAGGUAGAGUUGCUUGCCUCAUGUUAGAAUUUAGUUAGAAAAUUGAGGCUGCUUUUAGUCUGUUGGUAACUGCAACAUUCGGAAGGAAAAGGAGUGGGGGAAUGUUUUUUCCUUUUUCAGUAGUUGCAGGGUAUAAGUGGGUGAUAUUGGUGGUUAAGAAAGUGUAGUGUGUAAAUAUUCUAUACUUGCAAACACAGAUUAUGUUGUAGAAGUAAUUCAUUUAGUAUAGGCAGUUUUCAUCAUAAUUUUAAAAUUAUACUUGCCUGAAAAAUGGAAUCCUGAAGUCUAUAGAAAACAGAACAUUGCGUGUUUAAAAGUUGGUCAUGUGGGCUACAUAGCCUAAAAAGGUAUAAUUUAUGAAUUGUUGAAGUCUUUUAUGUGAAAAGAUAUCUUUGUUUUGUAUGGCCAUAAGUAAUUUUGAAUAAAGUUGUUUUGUAUGGGGAAAAACAGUGAAGAUAAACUGAUAUUAACUAUAGUAACUAGGUGGCCUGAUGUAGUGCACUAGUUUAAACAUUUGUUUUAGUUAUGAAACCAUUCUAAAAAAUAAAUUGUUAAACAUAAGCCCAACAUGUAAAACAGGUAAAAUACAUCUGCUUCUGGUUGAGAUAGGGAUGGGGGGCUGGAGCCCUUCCCAUUUGGUACACCCAUUUUCUCCUGCCCCAGAAUACCCAGUUUGAAAACCACCAGUGCAGAAAAAAGAGGAUGUAUGGACUUUUGAUUAAGAUAGCCCCAUACUCACUCGCAGUGUGACCUUGGGCAAAGUUGCUUAAUUUAUCAGAGCCACAGUUUUCCUCAUCUGUAAAAUGGGGGUAAUAAUAACUACCUCAUAGGGUUGUUACAAAGCUCUAGCCCUGGCAGAAAUAGGGCCUCCUUAUUUUCUUACCCUCCAUAAAUUCUAAUCCUAAAUCAUUAUUAUCUCAUUGGAAUUGUUUAAAAAUGUGAAUGUUUCAAAUGCUGCACGCUCCCAAGAAUAUAUGCUUUUCUGUUAAAUAGACUCUCAGGAUGAUGUGAAUGGGCAUUGUACCCUGAUGGAUCUAGUGGGCUCUCCCAUAAUGGAAUUGACAAGAAUUGAACAAGAUUGUUAAAGGCAUUCAUGCAUGUUUCCACCUCUGCAAAAUUACUUUCAGAUUUAUCCAUUUAUUAGCAUUAGGGUAAGGUGGCAAGCUUCUAAAAAGAAAUGCCCUUCUACUUUUACCUAGAUGUUUAAGUUAAGUGUUUAGAACUAGUGUGUAUACUGUUUACUGAAGUUUUAGAAUUUAUGGAGAGGAAGGAAACUAAUGAGGCCUUACUUCUGCCAGUGCAAAGAAUGCUUAUAGUCUUAGAAGGCAGAAUAAAUUUCUCAAUGGAAGAUAGUUACUAAAGUUUAAGUGACUUUCUUACUAAUCUUGUGCAAAAUUUCAUGUAACUUAAGUAGUUUAUAUAAUACAGUUUUAUAUAUAUGUAUGUGUAUGUAUAUAUUUACUGUCAGAGAAAGAUCUGUCUUGGACAUGGUUUCACAUAUCUUAUCUCUAGGCUUUAUGUUUAUGGCUCACAAAUAGAAGGAACUGGGACAUAAAUGUUUUGAGGAACAAAAUGAAUAUUAUUAGUGAAGCUUACAUAAGUAUUUGAUUAGUUUCUAACAUCACUAAAGUUUCUGUCAGGUAAUAGAGUGUUGGAACCCAGUUUAUAAAGGAGAUAUAAUAGGGCUACUCUGGCUCAAACACGGUGAGUGGAGCCCUUCUUGCUUGGUCCGCCCAUGCUCUUUCCCACCCUAAGUUUAAUGCCCAAGAUGAAAAUCAAUAAAUAAUGAUAAAAUUGAUAGGCUUUAGGUUAGUAGAACAGCUAUACAAUCUAUAUAAUCUACUAAAUCCUUAAUAAAUUGUUUCCUUUUUUUUUUGGUAAAGUAUAAAGACUUUAUUAUUUUUUUUGUGAGGAAGAUCUGCCCUGAGCUAACAUCCAUGCCAAUCCUCCUUUGUUUUGCUGAGGAAGACUGGCCCUCGGCUAACGUCCGUGCCUAUCUUCCUCCACUUUAUAUGGGAUGCUGCCACAGCAUGGCUUGCCAAGCGGUGCGUCGGUGCACGCCUGGGAUCCGAACCCCGGGCUACCAGCAGCGGAGCACACGCACUUAACCGCUACGCCACGGGCCUGGUCCCCAGUAUAAAGACUUUAAUAGCUAAUGUGGAUUUGAGAAAAAGGGUUAAUUUCAGAAGUGAAGUAGUUUUUAAAAAAUGUAAAACUGCCUCUGUACUGCUUUUUUCUACAUGCUUUCUUCCUUAUUUCUACACUAUUACAUUCACAUUUUUGCUGUCAGUAUGCCCUUCCCAACGGAGUGCUAAGCUUCACCAUGCUUUGUGGUGUUCUUUUGUUUGUCUUAAUGAAGUGGUAGGUGUACUUUCUCUUUGUUUUAAACAACUUCGAAACAUGAGGCAGUUCCAGCACCCAGUUGUUUACAGAUACAGUUUGAAUUCCCAUGUGCAAAUGUGCCAAUUGUUGGGUGGGAAGAGAGCUCAAGCCACAGCCAAGGCUCUGCCACUGGACCUGUGCAGCAGCUUCCUUCCUGUGUCUAUACCUUUCCAGCUUGUGCAUUAAACCCACAGUAUUCUGGGAGCAGUAGAAGGAUGGUGGAAAUCUGAAGUUGAUUUAAAGAUGUAAUAUCUAUAAUUAAAGAUGUCUUUUCUAAUUCAUUCUUGUUUGCUUUUUUCCAGAUUUCCUAUUCCCUCUUCUCCCCCAAAUCCUUGGUUUUCUAAUCAGUGGUACUGUCAUUUUGUUUAGUAUGCAGUGUAUUAGCAUUAAGUUCAAAAGUUUUAAACUUUAAAAAGUAUACUAACACCAAAAAUGGCAAAAUACUGCAUAUGUGAAGAUGUGGUAAAUAAAUUUAUUUGGAGAAAA